UAGAUAAAAAAUAAAGAAAAAGAGAAAAGUAGAGGGCUAAAAACGGCCCAGUCAUUGAAUCCAAUCAAUAAUCUCAACCGUCCAUUUCAUAAAUUCAAGGGUUCCCAUCUCUCGGCAAAUUAAUUUCCAUUUCCAAAUUAUUCUUUUUCCCCUUUGGACAGUCUAGAUUUUCCCUCUUCAGUGGUUUUUUUAUCAUAUCAUCAUAAACCCUAGCAGCCUCCAUCUCUCUCUUCUAAAAAAAAAAAAAAAGACAAGAUUUACGUGAAACUCCAUAACUCUAUCUUCCCUCUUUCUCUCUCUUCAAUUUCUAUUGAGAGAGACUUUUUUUUUUAAGUUUUUUCCUUUUUCUCUUCAGAGAUCUUUGGUUUUUUUCUUUUGUUUAAUUUAUGGGUUUUUUUUUAAUUUUUAAUCUGGAGUUGAACGAUCUCUGUUAGUAUGGUAUUGUUAGUCACUCACUACUCUGUUGUAGUUAUCUUUUACCAGUUUCCUUCUUUCUUAAGCAAAACGAAAGCUGUUUUUUCCUUGUAGCUGAGUCAAAACGAUCUGAGUUUCCCCGAGUUUUCGAUUUGUUUUUUUUUCUUCUUUUGUGUGUGAACUAGUUGAGUUAUGGGUAUGGGUCCGUUUCGUAAAUGGAGGGUCAUCUGUUGGCUGAAUAUGUGUUAACGUUCUGUUGGGUUUCACGAGGUGGUUGGUGGAGUGGGGGCUUUUUCGGGGUUGGUUUUUUGGUUUUUUUUGGGACUCGUCUGAGUCGAGUCGGUUACUGAGUCAACAAGUGGAGUUGGUGUAGGAAAAGAUCGUCCGAGGAGUUCGGUUACAAGCAGAAGCAGCAGCACUGGACGGCGAUGCCUUCGGUGGGGAUGAAACGGACCACAAGGGUUUGCAGGAUGAAGAGCUCGGAGGCCCGGGUUCUUCGUUCCGGGCGGCAACUCCGGCCUGAUUCCGGCGAAGUGAAGCCCAAGAGGCGCAGUAACGAUGGCGUUGAAUUCAACAACUCGGUGAAAAAAAACCCAAAGAAUGAAGUAAAUAAGUCCUCCGCCGCUGAGCUAAAUGGGAAGCCUAAAAGAUUAGGCCACGAAGAGACUCCAAAGAAACGGACCAAGAAAAUGAAAGCUGAAGCUCUAAAUAAUGGCACCACUGUAGAUAAGAUGUUUGGGAUUGUUUAUACUAGAAAAAGGAAGAGAAAUGGGGUCCAAAAGUACCUUCUUUCUGAAAAUUCAGAGUCAAAGACUACAAUCAAGUCCACUGCACUUGAAAUCGAUAAAGUCAGCUGCAAAAUUGUUUCGAGUCCAUGUUUUAAAGCUUCGAAGUCAGUUCGAAGCAGUAUUCAGAAGAGGAGGAGUUCGCUUAGGAGAAUGAGGGCUAGAAACACUUUCUUUAAUGGAGCUCUCAUGUCUGAUUUGAUUACUAGUAGGAGAAAUGGGAUUCCUUUUUCCUCAGUAGUUUCGAAAAACAAGCUUAGGAGUUCAACCCGCAACGGUUCAGCGUCGAGCUUAAGCGACAUGAGCUCUUCCGUAUCAGAUUUAAUGCCCAAGGUAGAAUCGGAUUCAUCGCAAUGCUCUGCCAAUGUAUUGAUCAUCGAACCAGAUAGAUGUUAUAGGGAAGAAGGAGCAGUUGUGUCUUUAGAGCUCUCUCCAUCAAAAGAAUGGCUUCUUGUAAUUAAAACAAAAAGGUCAAACAAGUAUUCUCUCAAGGCAGAUAAAUUUAUGAGGCCAAGCUCAGUCAACCGUUUCACUCGUGCUGUAAUUUGGCCUGGGGAUGAUAACUGGAAGCUCGAGUUCCCGAACCGUCAAGACUGGGUCGUUUUCAAGGAUCUUUACAAGGAAUGUUGUGAGCGCAAUGUGCCUGCUUUAGCUUGUAGGGUGAUCCCUGUGCCUGGUGUUCGUGAAGUUUCAGGGUAUGCAGGUAAACCCAGUGUGCAGUUUCGAAGACCGGAUUCAUAUAUCUCUAUUGAUGGUGACGAGGUAUCAAGAGCCUUGGCAAAGAGGAUUGCAAACUAUGACAUGGAUUUAGAAGAUGAGGAGUGGUUAAAGAAGUUCAAUUAUGAGUUUUUUCGUGGAAAUGGGCAUCUCCAGCAUCUAUCGGAGGAUUGUUUCGAGUUGAUGAUUGAUGCUUUUGAGAAGGCCAAUUUUUGUAGUCCAGAUGAUCACUCAAAUGAUGUAUCUGUUGCUGCUGCUCAUUUGUGUGUUGAUCUGGGUAUUAAAGGAGUGGUAGAAGCUGUUCAUGCUUACUGGUUGAAAAAAAAGGAGCAAAGACGGUCACCAUUGCUUAGAGUCUUCCAGGGUCAUCAGGUCAAGAAGGCUCCCGUAGUUCCACAGCCUCUUCUACGUAAAAGGAGGUCAUUUAAGCGUCAAGCUAGCCAUGGGAGAGGCAAGCUACCGAGUUUGUUGCAAGCGAUGGCAGCCCAACAUGAUGCGGUGGAAGAAGAGAUUGUGAUGGUUAGAGUCGAAGAAGCUAGAGCUGCAGCAACCAGAGCGGUUGAAUCGGCCAUCCUGAAACGCCAACAGGCACAGAUGCUACUUCAAAAUGCGGAUAUGGCUACAUACAAAGCCGUGAUGGCACUUAGAAUUGCUGAAGCCGCUAGCAUUGGUGAAUCCUCAGAAGGUGCAGUUGGUGAAUUUUUUGUGGAUGAGGUGCCGGUAAUGAGCUAAUAUUUGAUUUUGGCAUCAUCGGGAGGACAAGAGUAGUGUAAUAAUGUAAAGCUUUUUUUAAUUGAAUUGGAAUGUACAUUGUGUAUUAUUAUAACUUAAUAUCAUACCCAAAAAAGAAAAUUUUCGCCCAGAUCUGAAAAAGGUGAGGAAUUACAGGAAA